CUUUUCAUUGUUAUUCAUAUCAAUAUGACGGCAUCGAAUCUUUUACUGCAAUGUUUGCUGGGAAUGCAGUGUAAGGAUUUCGUGAUAGUUGCCGCUGAUCAGAACUGUACCCAGAGCAUUUUAGUCAUGAAGGAUGACGAAGACAAGCUCAUACAACUAUCGGAUCAGCUUCUAAUGGGCGUGAAUGGGGACAUGGGUGACGUAGGCCAGUUCAGCCAGUUCGUCUCCAAGAACCUGAAGCUGUACACCAUGAGGAACGGGUACCAGCUGGAUACCGCGGCGGCUGUGCAUUUCACAAGGGUCAAUAUGGCAGAGAUGUUGCGGGCUGGGAAUCCCUACAUACUAAAUCUUCUGAUCGCUGGUUACGACGACAAGGAAGGUGGUCAACUCUACUCCAUGGACUUCUUGGCUUCCUGCGUGAGGCUACCGUUCGCUGCCCACGGGUUUGGAGGGCUCAUAAGCAUCAGCAUUUUGAACCAAUAUUAUAAACCAAAUCUAACAGAAAUAGAAGCGUACGAGAUUAUAAAGCGGUGUGUACAGGAAAUACAUCGCCGGCUGUUCAUGAAUCUGCCCAACUUUGGAGUGAAAUCUAUAUCUAAAGAUGGCCUCAAAACAUUACCAACUAUUAGCCCCGCUUCCUUUAUGGGAAAGUGAUUAUUUAAACUGCAUUUUAUAGUGUUUUUUAUAGCUGGAAAUAGCUUCUUUCACAGGACGUAUUUUAUGUAUUGUUAGCCUCCUUGGUACAGUGGUUGACGCGUGAGCGUAGCACCGAGGGGUCCUGGGUUCGAUUCCCGGUGGAGACGAAGUAAAAAAAGUCUCGGUCUGGUAGCACACAGAAGGCUGAUCACCUAUUUGUCCCUAAAAGCAAAUCGUUCAGUGAAACAGAUGUAUAAUGCAUCUGCCCCUUACCCCACUAGGGGACAUGGGACUUUACUUUUUAUUCUGUAUAACUGUUAGUUAAUAUGACAACGUAAGAAAACAAAAUAUAUAACUACUAUUAGUUACUUCAUCUGCAAGUCAUGAAACUAUUCCUUACUGUCUUUUACGUUUUUUAUUGUCUUAUAUGU